UUCGUCUCGACCACCACCAUCGUUGCUGCCACUCAUCUUCGCCCUUGCUUCAGCUGCCCUCCGCUCCUCUGACGCUCUGACCUCUGCUUGGUUCUACGAUGGCUUCUAUCCGAAGGAAUGCUCGUAAGCCCUACAGUCGCCCCAACGUCAAUGAUAAUUGGGUACACGACCGCGCUCCCGGCGCCAAGCAAGCCGCCGCCCCUCAGACCAAUGGCCUGGGCAGGGGACCAGCCACGCCCGCUUCGGCGCGCCUCGUGGUGUCCAACCUGCACUACGAACUCACGCCGCUCGAUCUUUCCAAAAUCUUUGGCCAGGCAGGCACUUUGGUGCGCGAACCGCAGAUCAGGUAUGACCGCAGUGGUCGCUCCACCGGUACCGCGAUCAUCACGUACGAGACGGUGGACGACGCGAAGAAGGCGAAGAACCUGUUCGAUAACAAGACUGCGAAAGGUCAAGCGAUGAACAUCGAGUUCGCUGCGCUGCAACCGAGGCCGCAGCGUGCCGCAAGCGCGCCGUCGACCAUGAAGCUGCUGAACCGUAUUGAGAAGCCGUCACUUAUCGAUCGCCUGAGUAGCCAGGAUGAUACAGCGGUCGCGCAACCGAAAGGGAACGGCCGCAAUGGUAAGGGCGGUCGCGCUGAGGGUGGUGUCGGUCCCGUGCGCAAUAAGCGUGGUGGCAACAAGCCUAAGGAGCCCAGGCAGAAGAAGAAGCCUGCGACGGCAGAGGACCUCGACCGCGAGUUGGAGGCGUUCAUGCAGGAGCCGGUGGCAAAGAGCGGGGAGAAGAAGGACGAGGCUGCCAAUGCCGAGCAGGCGGCCGAGGCGCCCAAGCCUGCUGCUGGCGAGGACGUGGAAAUGGCCUGAGCUUGUCAGUGAUGUGUUCGGUUCGAAGACGCUGCUUGACACGCUACUCGUCUUCUUGAUGUUACGGUUCUUCUGUGUAUCCUUGCUUCGACAUACACGAGUAUAGACGUUGAUGCUCGAUCUCUGUCCUAUGUACCAUACAAAACAGUGUAAUGCCCCCAUGA